UUGGCCAAAAUAUUUCGAUUACCUUUGGAUGGUCGAGUUCAGUUCAAGUUCGCGCCUCGAACGGUUCAGUUUGCCUGGUUUUCCGUUCCGCAGCCGGCAUCCAAAAGUGGAGCGAAGGAUAACCCCCCAUCGACUGGCAGGAUAAUGCUCUAUCCCCGCUUCGGCUAAUGUGUUUGUGAAGUUGGUUGCCCAAAAAAGUAUCUCUGUGCCGCGAAACGAAAAGUUCCCAACAAAAGCCGAAAAAAAAUUAAUUUUCGGUCCAGUUUAAUCGCUUUUUCGGAGAUUUAUAAGCAUGUGGCCACCCAGCUCCUGUCUGUGGUGGGCUGCCCUCCUCCUCCUCCUGGUGGGCGUGGCCCAGGGCCAGAGCAGCAGUCGAGAGCACUUCGAGGAUGCGGACAAGUCCAGCGAGUACACGGACCAGCAGUUCGACCUGAGGCACACGAUUCCCGGAGAACCAGGCCUGGACUAUCCCAUCCUGAGUGCCCCGCCCAAGACGAGCUUUGUGUGCAAGGGAAGACAUGAAGGAUACUACGCAGAUGUGGAGAGUCGCUGCCAGGCGUUCCGGAUUUGUGCCCACACCGCCCGGACUCCCCAAGGAUUCGGUUUCCUCUGUCCCAAUGGAACGCUCUUCAGCCAGAAGAACUUUGUGUGCGACUGGUACCGCAACGUGAACUGCGAUGAAUCGGAGAGAUUCUACGAAAUGAACGAGGAGAAAACCGUGGGCAGCACCCACGAGAUGAUGGAGCGAGUGCGUCACAUGAUGGAGUACCCCAUGAGAACGAUCUCGAAAGCCUUGCAACAGACCCAAUCUCAGUCACAAAAUCCACACCAAAGUCUCAGCAAGGAUCUGAGCGGAGCUAGUGGGGUGCUGAGUCAGCCUGCGGUUAUCAAACCCAAUGAAGUUCAGGAAAUCCAAGUUGUAGGACGUGGGGAGGCGGUCAAAAGUGAGCCACUGAACGCUGUGCAAUCGGGAAGCCCUAAUAUGGAAAAUGAAGACGAGGGCAUCUAUGUGAACAGCUUGGGAGAACUUUCCUCAGAUCCUGGCAUUCAGUUUGACCACACCAAUGCCCAUAUUGUGGCGGAAUAUCCCAGGGAAUACCACUACCAAAAGCAGAAGAACUUUGCCGAGAAUGUGAAUGCGGGCUUGGAGAUCCUAACCGACGCGGAUGCCACCUCCGGAGAGGGGAUGGCUCCCGAAUACAUCAAGCAUACCCGUGACAACAAGGACGAGGCCGUGCAACUAGAUCUUGUGUCGAAUAUCAACAAUCUGCUGGAUGAGGUAUCCACCGAUGUGGAUCCUUCCAUUUCCGGCUAUCAAUCCAUGGCUCCUCCUAAGGUGAAGCAGCCCUUCCGCUUCCUAAGUCGAGGAUUCUCGAUGCAGGGUGAGGGAAAGGGAAAGGGCAGCCACUCCGCGGGCUAUGGAUACAUUAAACCCAAACAGACGCCCAGCACUGUCAGAUUUACGCCCAAUGAGAUACCCACCGAAGAUCACAAAUCCAUUGAGCAUAAGCACAGGUUUUCGAAAACCACAAGUACCACAAGAAGCACCACUUCAACAACCACUGAAUCAGUAGAACAACUGCUGAUAGCACCCACUUUGCCACCCGCUGAGGAUGAGGAAGUGACCACAUCAGGGGCACCUGAGAUUACCUUUACCUCCACCUCGGCAGCAGAACCACUUAGUUUUCUGGCACCACCAUCUGCAGAAGUGGUGACCUCCGGGGAGGAACCGGCCAUUGAGUCCAUUGGCCAGGCAGCUGCUCUGACUGCCAGUCUGCCACUUACCGAGGGUGUAGUCCAAGUGGAGCAGAGUCCCGAAUCCGCAGAGAAGCAGGAUGUGCUCCAGGAGGCAGCUAAGCUGCUGCUGGCAGGUGUGCAACUCACCUCCCACAACGAGGAGAAGGCUUUGGAGAGGAACGAAAUAGAGGUCACCAGUACCACCACCAUCAGUCCCAUCACCCCGGCCAUGGUCACAUCCACCAAAGUGGUCACCGAGAUCAGUAGCACUCAGGAGCGCAUUCGUGGCUACCGCAGGAAUCGUCCUGGCGCCAUGUUGAAGCGAGCCCACAUCCGUCCCUUGCCCACCGUGCGCACCACAACGGCAUCCACCACCCCAAGGAGCACUGCAACCACUAAGAGCUACCUGGAGCGCCUGGCAGCCAGCAGGUUGCGCCUCUCCCGACUAUCGCAGGCCACCAGGAGCACCAGCAAGGCCACGACAACGACCCUGCCCAGCACCACAACAGCUCCAACGACCACCACCACUAUUUCCUCCUUCCAGCAAUUACGUGGAGCAGCUGAUCCGGGUCCCAACAAGAAGCUGGCAGUGAGGGACCUUGAUCGCGAGACCAGGAUUGCUCCCACCAAGGCCAGCUGGGACACGGUGCACAGCAACCUGCAACGCUUCCAGGUGCAACGCGGCAAUCGGGUGUACACACCAGCAACCAGAGCACCUAUCAGCCAAGUGGGAGUCACUAGCACCACCAGCUCGACCACCACUCCCAGGAGCUAUAUUCAAGCCACCUCUCAACGAUCCACCGUCACCAUAAAUCGCGGAAAGAAUCGCUACUCCAACUUCAAGACCCAGGCGCCCGUGCAAAGAACUCGGGGCACCACCACCCCAAGGAGCACCACCUUGCGGCCCACCUCCUCGCUUUCCUCGCUGAACCAACACAUCUCGGCCCUGGCAUCCAACUAUAAUGCUGGCUAUAGCUACCAGGCCAACCAGGCAUCCCAGAUCAGCAAGCCCAUCCAACAGUCACUCUUGUCACCACCACACGUCUAUGCCACACACACCGCCGGCGAUAUCGCUAGCCACGCCUCUCAGUCCCAAACCACAUCCAGCCUUUCGCCCGCCUCCGCUUUCCUUUCCUUCGAUAAGCUAACUCGCGCCAUUGUUGACGAAUCCGUUUUGCAGAAUUUCAAGAGUGCCCAGUCGCAGGGUUCCCGUCAACAGCAGCAACAGCAACGCCAGCAGCAGCAGCAACAGCAAGUGGUCAAGCAGCAACAUCACUCGGUCGGCAGCAGCUACGUAAAGCCAGCAGCAGCACCAGCUAUUUCCACACUGACCGCACCGCCGCGCCCCCAGCAAUCCCAGUUGCCUGAGAUAUCCCCGCCCCCCGGAAUUGUGAUUGCUCGAGCUGAGGGCCAACGUAUUGCUCCAAACUCGGCCAGUAGCAUCAUCUCAAGCCUGGCCACGCAGGCACCCGUUACCAACAACCAAGGCAGCUCCUAUGUUUCCCUCAACGAUUUCCUCAACAAGAAGUUCGGUCAGAGUCCUGCCAGCAGCAAUGUUGCUCCUGCUGCCACUUUGCAACAGCAACAGCGGGUGCCGCCACAGCAGCAACACUAUCAGCAGCAGCAAACUAUUCAGCAACAACGAGUGCAAAAGCAGCCGUCUCAGCAGCAACGCCAGUCUGUGCAGCAGCAACAACAGUCGGUACAACAGCAACAUCAGUCGGUGCAGCAGCAACAACAGUCGGUACAGCAGCAACACCAGUCUGCACAGCAGCAACAUCAGUCGUCUGUGCAGCAGCAACGUCAGCCCCUGCAGCAGCAACACCAGCAGCAAUUGAGUUUCAUCUCACAGCAAUACCAACAGCCGCAGCAGCAGACCAUCUACCAGCAAUAUCAGCAGCCACAGCAGCAGCACUUCCAGCAGCAACAGUUCCAGCACCAGCAACAGCAACAGCAACGUCCCACGAUCCACACCAACCAGCAACCCUAUCUGACGCCCAAUAUUUUCGUGCCUUACCAGCAGCAGCAGCAGCAAUUGCCGCAGUUCCCGCCUCUGGCUCCGCCCGUGGCCGUAUCCGCCGGAAACAUUGCCCAGGGACCGGUGAUAGCCGGACGCCAUGUGGAUCACCUGAACAUCCAGCUUCCCACGCUGGGCAACGGCUUGAUUCCCGGAUUGCAGUUGGCCCAGAAGCGCAGUGAUGUGUCGGCCAGUCAGCUGCAACUCACUGACACCAUGGGCAAGGGCAGCCUCUCCGGCGGAUCUGGCAAGAGCCGGGAACGCGCCUUCUACGCCGGACGCACAUCCUACGAUGUUCCCCAGAGCAGCGUGGGCCGGCUGCCCAACGAUGUCACGCAGCAACUGCGCCGGCGGUCGCGUCGCUUCUAAACGAGAUUUCGAGAUUAACGAGCUAGGACUAGGAAACUUAACUUAUAGCUAAAUUAGUAUACUAUUUAUGCCUAAGCUAAGCCGAGAAUGUACCAUAGAAGAUCACUUGUUCAAAAACCAUACCCUUUUCGUAUGUAUAU